CUGUCAGUUUAGGUAAUGGAAGUGACGUUUCGUCAGCUGAAUACUUACUGCGCCACUAGAGGAAGAAAUGUCCAGGAAAGACCAGCAGCCAUUUCGUUGUACACCAGAGGAGGUCCAAGAAGAGGCAGUUUUUGCUCAAGCAUUCUCCUGAUGGGGUUUGAAGCUGGAGAGUUUCUGCCCAACGAGGAUGAUCCAGUAAUGGGAACCCACCAGAGAUGUCCCCGUCCUCUGUAUUCCCGGGACUCCACACAGGAACGUCACAAUGUCUUUCACUGUUAUCAGGAUGAAAAUAUGAUUACCAUUAAAGUUGAAGUAAAAGAGGAACCAGAAGAUCUUUCUAUGAUGGGCGGUGAGCCAUGUGAGGAGGAGGUCAUCCCUCCAGAGAUCAGCACAGACCCCGGAGACACCAGAGACCCUCAGAGAUACAUUGGAUCUGAGGAUGAAGAAACCGACUUGAUUAAUGAGGAGAAAACUUAUCCAGAGAUCAGCACAGCCGUGAAAAGAAAACCCAAGGAACAUUCCAGAGAACUUCGAGAUAAAGUAAUAGAAUUGCACACUUCAGGAAAAGGGUACAAAACGAUCUCCAAGUGUCUGCAUGUUCCAGUGUAUACCGUUCGUUCCAUCGUCAAGAAGUGGCAGGUCCAUCAGACCACCGAGACGCUGCCUAGAAAAGGUCGCCCCUCGAAACUGUCAGAACAAACCAGAAGAAUGCUUGUGAGGGAAGCCAUCGAGAGACCGUCUGUCACUUUGAAGGAGCUACAAAAGACGGUGAUCGAGUCCGGAGUACAAGUCCACAAGACAACCAUAUCAAGAGCUCUGAAUAAGACUGGCCUACUGCUCUCCAAAAAGCACGGGUUUAGUAUUGCAGUGGAUGGCAAUGGCUGACUAUAAUAAAGCGGUUAAAAAGAGA